GGCUAGAACCCUUGAAACGCCCACUGUGCGGUGGAGUUUUCCCAAAUAGAGACAUUCCUUAGAGAAAAAAAAAUUGAUUGCGUUUUGUCCUCUCUUUAUCUUUCAAAUUUUUAUUCCUUGGUGUUGUCAAAUAGGCCCUUCACUUUAUGGUUAAGUUGGGUCGGAUUUCUGACCCUGUGAUAUAGUUAUUAGUUAAUAAAGGGCAAGUGAACUAUUCUGUACGAGCUCAGCGUUCCCUUUCUGAUGGCUGUAUUUCGAACGACAAACCGAUCAACUCAUGGAAAGCUGAUGACUUGUCGCGUCAACAUUGCCGCUACCGCCCACGGCGACCACCAAGGUGACCUGGAAACGCGACCACCAGCUGCUUGGGUCUUCUCUCGGCGUCGUGAUUGUUCCAGUGUAUGUGCGACCUGUUGGCAUGGAACGUUUUUAAUGGCCUUUCUUCUUCUUGUGUAUUCUUCAGGCAUCAGUGGCUCGGUGCAAUGUCCCCACUGCGACUUCCGAUGUCUGGGACAGCAACAUCUGGACGGACACGUGAAGACAAGUCACAAAUACUUGGGCAGGAGCGGCAGAUUCAAGUGCGAGUGGUAUCAAUACUCGACCGACAAGCCCACAAACAUGAAACGUUGCCGAAGGAUUCACACUGGGGAUAGGUCGCAAUGCUGCUCCAUCUGCACGGUGCGGGUCACUAACCAGUCACACCUUAACGAACACAUGGCGAUCCACACUGGAGAGCGGCCGCACGGCUGCUCCAUCUGCCAUGCACGGUUCACUCGACGGUCACACCUCACCAGACACCUGCGAACCCGCACUGAGGAUCGGUCGUACGGCUGCUCCAUCUGCUCUGUACGAUUUCCUGACCGGUCACACCUCACCAGACACAUGCAGACUCACACUGGGGAGAGGCCGCACGGCUGCUCCAUCUGCACUGCACGGUUCACUGUUCGAUCAAGCCUUAAAAAUCACAUGCGGAUCCACACUGGGGAGCGGCCAUACGGCUGCUCUAUCUGCUCGGCCCGGUUUACUGAACGGUCCACCUUCACCAAGCACGUGCGAACCCACACUGGGGAGAGGCCGCACGGCUGCUCUAUAUGCACUGCACGGUUCGCUCAACGGUCACACCUCAUCACGCACAUGCGUAUCCACACGGGGGAGCGGCCGUACUGCUGCUCCAUCUGCAUGGCACGGUUCGCUCGACGAGAGAAUCUCAUCAAACACAUGAGGACCCACACGGGGGAGCGGCCGUACGGCUGCUCACACUGCCAGGCCCGGUUCGCUAACCGGUCACACCUCACUACACACAUGCGGACCCACACUGGAGAGAGGCCGAACGGCUGCUCUAUAUGCACUGCACGGUUCAUUAAUCGAUCACACCUCACCAGACACAUGAUGACUCACACUGGGGAGCGACCGUUCGGCUGCUCCAUCUGCACGGUACGGUUCGCUGAACGGGGACACCUCAAGGCACACAUGCGGACCCACACUGGGGAGCGGCCGUACGGCUGCUCUAUCUGCAAGGCACGCUUCACUCAAGGGACAAGUCUCACCUCACACAUGCGUACUCACACGGGGAGCGGCCGUACGGCUGCUCACACUGCCAGGCCCGGUUCGCUCAACGGGCAAAGCUUAUCAGACACAUGCGGACCCACACGAAGACUGGCAGCACUGCUGCGACUACUGUCUAACGGUUCAGCAGUUUGACGCAAAAACUCUAUUUUAACUGGUACACAGUUUUGAGAAUUACACAGGUUUGACUGAUGCGGUAAAUGGCUUGAUUGGCGAAAUGCAAUGCUGAAAUAUGCCGACAAGUGCAUGACCGGCUGUCGUCAUACGUUUGAUAUAUUAGUGUUAUACAGCUUUUUACGCCCAAUUUAGGGCGGCAGUGCGCACAUUUCAGUAAUGGUGCGGGCGAUUCCGACAGUAUGCCAUAGUCUGUCAAUGGCGAUUUGUCGCAAUCGGUUGCACUAUUAUUGAGCUGCGUGCACUAUGUCUAUAUUUAGUCGUAAAAAGGUGUAGCUGUGGUUCUCGUUUGUGAGCUUCUUGGCUACCCGUGUGAGUGUCACAUCUUGUUUCUUUAUGUUAACACACGGUGAUUCAGUAGUUGUGUUCUUAACUAUCCGCCUCCACAUAGGAGUUAAGGAGUGUCGCUGUUUGGUACAGUGUCGUAGCGCUGUGAUUUGUGAAUAAUGUCCAGCUACUUUGAGGGACAAUACAUUUUUCGUGACCACCA